AAAAUAGAAAAAAAAACCAAUAUUAAUAAAGAUAAUUUUAAAACUUCUGAAAUUUUGGAUCAUUUUAACUAUCAAGACAAAAAUAGUGAUCUAGAAAAUAAUGAAGAUAAUAUUUUAUAUGAGUUAUCUGAAUUAGAGAAAUUAGUUGCAAUACACUUUGCAAAUGUUGAAGAAGAUGAAUCAGAAAGUUUAAUAAAUGAAGUUAAUGAAUAUAACGAUAAUAUAGAACUGGAUUUUCAUAAUUGUAAUAAACUAUUAUCUUCUAGAAAGGUUGAACUUAAAGAAGAUAAAAGAAUGUUUGAGUUUUUAACAAAUAUUAUUGCAGAUAAUAUCCAAAACAAUAAUUUUUAUAUAAUAUAUAAGAAACUAAAACAUGUCAUUAUAAAAGAAAUCAAGGCUU